AUGGAUAUCUCUAAAUCGGCAUCUACAUCAUCUUCACCGUCACCUAAUUCAUUGCCUGAGUCAUCUUCCUCUCCUCAAAAUAUUCAACUAGUGUCGAAGUCUGUUUCGGACCGACUCCUCGACAAGUUUUUCGAUGCAACUGAGUUUGAUUUUGAUUAUGAGCAAAGUGGAUUGUGGUCUCCUCCCAUUAGAAGAAGUGCAUUCAUAAGCUCACCGGGUAGGAUAUUCACUGAAGAGGAAAUGAUUCAAAAACUUAGAAAUGUGAUGGAUGCUCGUCGUGCUAGAAGACAUAAUAAAGCACGUUGUAACGUCUGCGUUGAGCAAGCAAGCCCUGCUUUGCAAUUUUCACGUGGUAGUCACGUGGCAAACAAGAAAAAAGCCAUCACUCACGCCAUGAUACGCCUGGACUUCUGUGCCGAUGCACGACUGCUCCUAUCAAAGAUGCUCCCUGUCUACGAUGCCCCAUCUAAAGCUGUUUCUGAUGAUCAUCAGGCUGUCUGCAGAAGAUGGGGAUCUAUGGAAAUUGACUCAUGA